AUGUCGGAUGUCCAAAAAUUCGACUACUUAAAAGAAUAUUUAAAAGGGGAAGCGUACUUGUGCGUUGAAAAUCUGGAACUCACCGCAGCAAACUACAACAUAGCCAUAGCAGAGCUAAAAAGAGUCUACGCUAAACCAAAGGCUCUUAUUCAAACUCAUUUAUGCAAGUUUGACAACCUAGCUCCUGUCAAGACAAUGGCAGACGUAUCGGCGCUGAGAAAAUUGCAGCUCACAGUCCAGUCUCAUAUUAACGCCUUGGAAACCCUCGGGGUUCGAAAAGAAUCAUUUGGAGGACUCCUUGGCACAAAACUAAUGAAAUUGCUUCCUGCAGAAUUGCAGAAAGAGUGGUCGAGCUCUGAAGAAAACGACAUCACAGACAUCGCAUCCCUACUGAAUUUCAUCAGGGAUGAAGUUGACGCAGCGGAGAGGUACAGCCGAUGGAAAUCGGAAACCACAAAAACGCCACAACAGUCAACAUCGCCAAGUCCAGCGAAACCAAUACACGCUGCCACAGCAUCACAGCUGGCGAUUGGAGCCAGAUCACAACCAGCUCCACACACCAGCAAAAACUCCAGACAAUUUGUGCCACCGUCAAACACACCUUUUAGGAGACAGGACAAUUUUAUCAUGCGAGAAUGCACAAGACCAUGCAUUUUCUGCGGGGAAGUUCACUACCCCACGGUUUGUCCAGUGAACCUAAAAGAAAAAAAGGCCAUCAUCGCUAAGCUGAAAAGGUGCGUCAGAUGCUUCAGUGCAAACCACGAAACUCUGAACUGCACCACAAACUACACUUGCAAACAUUGCCAAGCCAUUCAUCACACGGCUCUCUGCGACAAAAAGCAGACACGUUUUGCGCACCAAACUGUUAAUGGCAACAGCGCCAUCACAAAUGUUACGGCGUCUGCUGCAAGCGCAAACACCCCAGGCAAUCUCGUGGUGAAGACAGCUACAGUAAAUGUAGUAGGCCCAAAUGGCAAACAAACAAGAGCCAUUUUAUUUAUAGACGACGGCAGCCAUAGAUCUUGGGUCACAAGAUCUAUUUCAAAAUUGUUGGAUCUCAAAGUGGUGGCAGUGGAAAACAUCGGUACCAGAGUUUUCAAGCAACGAAAACCCAAUCCAGUGGAAAAGACAAAUUCAGUCGAGCUGACAUUUAGGGGCACUUGGCAUGGUGCCCCACUCGUCAAAAUUACAGCACUAGAAACGGACUACAUUGGAGACACUGGUCCAUAUGCCCACACAACAUUCGCACAAAAAUUGUGGCUGGACAACGAAAGAAUGGCUGACGACAGGUUCGAGACAAACAGCCAGGAAAAAGAUGUCGGGAUUUUAAUAGGAGUCGACCAGAUGUUUGAAAUCAUCCCUAACGAAGCAGCUAUCCAAAGCCCGUGUGGCCUAAGGGCCUACAACACAAAACUUGGGCGGAUGAUAGUUGGACCUUCUAAAGAAAAAAAUUCGAAAAAAGGCAAAGCAUUGAUCCAGCAAAUGCUGCAAUGCAGUAGUUUCUCUGCCCAAUCAGUAGCUUCAUAUGCAGCCGGCUGCCUUAAUUCAAACUACACUUUUACAACUCUUCCAGAAGAAAAGGAGAAAACGCCGGAUGUAAAGGAGAAAAAGGAAUCUUCAUCUCCCCACCCGACCUCUAUGGAAGAAAUUUCCAUAGAGAACUCCAAAAUUAAAGAAAAAAAGAAGACUGUAAAAGAGGAAUUAAAGAGGCAGACGGACUUUGAUCUAUCCUUGUUUUGGAAGCUAGAACACUUCGCCAUUUUAGACGAUUGCGAUGCAGUGGAGCCAGACGAUCCUCUAGGCUCCUUUGGAGACAAAAUCACCCGUCAAAAAGAUGGGCGAUACUGCACCCCAAUCCCAUGGAAAACGGAUAAGUGGAGGUUGGAGAAAAAUUUCCUGAUGGCUAAAGGAAGACUGGAGAGUCUUUUAAACAGACUCAAGAAAACGCCAGCGCUUCUAUCGGCUUACCACCAGGAGAUCGAGCAACUCAGAGUCCAAAACUUCGUAGAAAAGGCAGACCUAAACUACGAUGGACUCCACACUUAUCUGCCACAUCAUCCUGUCAUCCGACAGGAUAAAACAACCACGAAAAUCCGACCGGUCUUUGAUGGAGCGGCUUAG